AUGGGCCAAUUUUUGGAAAAACCUAAAGUUGAAAAACACAAUAGUCGAGGCAAAAACGAUGACAUUCGCUAUGGUCUUGGAUCUAUGCAAGGAUGGCGUGUCGAUAUGGAAGAUGCACAUGCCACUAUAUUGACAUUAGAUGAUAAUAGUUGGUCGCGUUGGUCGUAUUUUGGCGUAUUUGAUGGCCAUGCAGGAUAUCGUACAGCAGUGAAAGCGGCUGAAAAACUUCAUUUGCAAAUUCUAUCAUCGCUUAAUGCAUUAGUAGCUGAUAAUGCCAAUGAAACAGUUCCAUCGAAAGUAAUCUCAUCUCAACUUGACUUUUCGAAAUUUGAAACGGCUAUUAAAGAUGCUUAUUUUAAAUUUGAUCAUGAAUGGAGAGAAGAAAAUCGAAAUAACAAUCAAGAUGAUAAAAGUGGUUCAACAGCUAUAUCCUGUUUAAUUGAUGCAGAACGAGUUUAUUUUUUAAACGUUGGUGAUUCACGUGCUAUACUGGUGUCAAGUGAAGGUCGAGUUCUUCUUGCUACAAAAGAUCAUAAACCAAGUGAUCAAGUUGAACGUCAACGAAUUCAAGAUGCCGGCGGUACUGUUUUGAUUCAACGUGUCAAUGGUUCAUUGGCUGUGUCACGUGCACUUGGUGAUUUUGAAUAUAAAAAUAAUUCAAAUCGUCGUCCUGAUCAACAGCUUGUUUCACCAGAACCAGAAGUCACAUGUCAUUCACGUACUUUAACAAUUGAUUCUAACAAGCAAGAGGAACAGAUUGCUUUUAUUGUAUUGGCUUGUGAUGGCAUAUGGGAUGUUAUGACAAAUGAAGAGCUAGCUGCAUAUAUACUUGGUCGUAUGCAUGUUACAGAUGAUCUUAAUGAAAUUUGUAAUUCAGUACUUGAUAUGUGCUUGUAUAAAGGUAGCAAAGACAAUAUGAGUUUAAUUAUAAUAGCUUUUAAAACUGCACCUGUACCAACUCCAGAAUGGAAAGAAAAAGAUGAAACAUUAAAUACUGAAAUUAAAAAAAAGACAAUUGAAAUUUUUAAUCUGAAUCCUAAUAGAACAAGUUUAGAUGCGAAUACAAUAUGGCAACAAGUUGUUACAUCUCUUAAUGAACAAUCAUCUAUUCGUGAAGCAUUACCCAUUGGUGGAGGUUUUGUUUCAAAACGAUCAGUAUUCGAACGUAUUUUUGAUUCGCUGAUAAAAGGAACACAUCAAACUGAAACAUCAAGCAAUGGGCCUUUCAUAAACGAUGAACAUGACGAUGAAACGCAUAGACACGAUGAUCCAUCAACAAAUCCUUCAUCUGCUGAUAUUUCAUCAUCGACAGGCAACAAUCUAGCUGCGUUGACUCAAUAG